GAUAAGCAAAACUGGUUCGAAUUGCGUGUUUGCACAGUAUCAGGGUGUUGAGUUUGUUUCAUUUCUGAAACACAAGCGUUUUACGCAAAUAUUAUCGUACAUAAACCCCCUUUUUGAUAGGUGCCACGCUAGCGAACCAUCUAACAAUAAAGAAAUAUGGAUCAGAUUGUGAAAACCCGCGAUGUGGAAAAGUUUGUAUCGGAAACGAAGUACUUCCUGGACGAGUUUGAUUCCAUCAUUAGCCACUGGGACCUGUCGGGUAACUUCUUUCUGCACUAUCUGAUUGAAAUCCACGAGAACGUGACACAGCUGCUGUCCAGGUUUACUACCCUUUCCCUCGAGGGUGUCGGUGACCGGAAGAGCAAACCCUUCUUCAAUCUGAAAUGCUGUGAGCUUGAAUUUCAAACCGUGAAAGAUCUGCGGCUGCAUCAUCACUCUUGCCGGCAUAAGAAGUCGCAUUUCGAAGAAACGGAUAACUGUGAGCUGAAAUCUGCCCUGCUUAAACUGGCAUUUUUCAACCGGAGGGUCAACGAGUACGUACAGUACGGUACGAUCGCCGAUCGCUAUCUUUGUUUGUAUCUGAAGAAGAUCCUGAAAAAGAUCAUCAUCACGCUGGAUACGUUCAAUCUGUAAGAAGGAUAACGUACGCCAGUGAGCAACCGAGGAGUGCACCGACAUUUGUGUAGCCUUUAAGAAAAUGUGUGUUUAAAUGUGUAAUUUAAUUAUUUGAUAAGUCAAUGUUAUUACUUAGCGAUCAACACAAUCCACCAAACAGGGGUAACGGUAAGAAUGGUGUAUGCUGUACAUGUUAGAC